AUGAUGUUGACAGAGUUGGAAGUCACGCUAAAGCAGAGACAGCAAUCCUUUUGUUUGGGCUAAUAAAACUGUUUUGCUUCGUUUCUCAAUUGCUGAACAACAUUUUCCUUCGAUCCUCUCUUCUUUUGCUCUUCCCUCACUACGAGUGCACCGUCAACAUGAACGGGAAAGCCUCCAUCUCUAAGGAGCUCAAUGCCAAGCAUGCCAAGAUAUUAGAAGGACUUCUUAAGUUGCCUGAGAACAGGGAAUGUGCAGAUUGCCGGAACAAGGUACCACGAUGGGCAAGUGUGAACCUAGGAAUUUUCAUUUGUAUGCGAUGCUCAGGAAUUCACCGGUGUCUUGGAGUGCAUAUAUCAAAGGUGCGGUCCACAACUUUAGAUACAUGGUUGCCAGAUCAAAUUUGCUUCAUGCAAGUUAUGGGCAAUGAGAAGUCAAAUAAGCACUGGGAGGCAAAAAUUCCACCAAAUUUUGAUAGAAGUAAACUGGGAAUUGAGAAGUUUAUCCAUUCCAAGUAUGUGGAGAAAAGAUGGGCUUCAAAAGAUGAACUGCAAUCAACUUCGUCAGCUGAAAUAAUUUAUAAUGUUGAUGAGUCACGAAAUGGAGGGGCAAGGAGUGGUAAUCUGAAGAACAACAGGAGACUUUCUCUUGAAGAAAGCAUUCUUGCUAACCACGUGGCACAAAUUCUACCACCAAUAACAAGAUCUCGUGGGGGUUUUAUAGACUCGCAAAAGAAGAAAUCGCCUCCAUUAAAAAGGCCAUCCUCAUCAGUUGAUUUUGACAAGUCCACAGGAAAGAGCAAUGAUACUGGUGACAUUUUCAACUUGCUUUGCAUCUAUGACGAUCCCCAGAGCUUCUCAGCCGUGCCUCCUUCAAGUUGGGCAACAUUUGAUUGUUCGUUUGAGUAGAAUUUUUUGAAUCAACACAGUGCAGCAGGAUAUAACAUCUACAUCACUUUGGUGUUGAGGUGCCCAUGAAAUGGUUUGAUUCACAUCGUAGUCCAAGGUUCAUUUUUCUCACAGUAUUAACUAAUUUGAGAUGGACAAAAGGAUGGGGAAAAUAAUAGUUAUAUUUCUUCUUUUACAAACUUUUCUUCUCCGGUCUGUGACAGGGAAAAAAACGUUAAAUUUAAAUGACUUGCCUUACAUUUGUCC